AUGGUCAGAUCACUUGGGCUCUCCGCCCUCCUUCGCCUCGGCGCCGUGCUGCCUCUUCUGAGCCAUGUCACGUGCCUCGACCUGACCGUGUCCACCAGCGGCGGCAACGCCACUAAUCCCAUUAUGUGGGGCUUCAUGUUCGAGGACAUCAACCACUCGGGCGAUGGUGGCAUUCACGGCCAGCUGCUCCGCAACAACGGCUUCCAGGGCGAGUAUCACAACACGACUGCAUAUGCUGCUGUCGGAGACGUCGACAUCUCCGUCGAUGACGAGAACCCGCUCUCUGAUGCGCUGCCGUACUCGCUGGCCGUCUCCGUGCCGGAGGGAACGACCGGCUCCGUCGGCUUCAGCAACGAAGGCUACUGGGGCAUCACCGUCAACGCCGAUGUUUACUCAUCGUACUUCUGGGUGAAGGGAGGCUACUCUGGCGAUGUGGCCAUCAAGCUCGUUGGCGCCGCCAGCGGAACCGAGUAUGCCAGCAGCACUGUCGCAGUCGACAGCACGGACGACAAGUAUACGUACUUUGAGACGAGCUUCGAGAGCAAGCAGGCGCCCGACGGCAACAACCUGUGGACGCUGACUUUUGACGCCGAAAAGGUCGCGGGCAGCGCGCUGCACUUUGACCUUGUGCAGCUGUUCCCGACGACGUUCCACGAACGGGCCAAUGGCCUCAAGCCCGCCAUUGCCAACGUCGUCGACGACAUGGGCGGCAAGUUCCUGCGCUUCCCCGGCGGCAACAACCUUGAGGGUGCUAGCGCCGAGCGCCGCUGGAAGUGGAACAACACCAUCGGUCCGCUGGAGAACCGCCCCGGCCGUCAAGGUGACUGGGGCUACGGCAACAGCGACGCCCUCGGCCUGGUCGAGUACCUUUUCUGGUGCGACGACAUGGGCCUGGAGCCCAUCCUGGGUGUCUGGGCGGGCUACUCUCUGGAAAGCGGCGGCAACACGCCCAUCACGGGCGACGCGCUGCAGCCAUACAUAGACGACGUGCUGAACGAGCUCGAGUUCAUCACGGGCGACACCUCAACGACAUACGGCAAGCUGCGCGAGUCGUACGGCUACGCCGAGCCCUGGACGCUCAAGUACGUCGAGAUUGGCAACGAGGACAACCUCGGCGGCGGCUGCGAGUCCUACGCCGAGCGCUUCACGGCCUUCCACGACGCCAUCCACGCCGCGUACCCAGACCUCACGAUCAUCGCGUCGACGAACGAGGCCAGCUGCCUGCCGAGCAGCAUGCCCGCCGGCGCCUGGGCCGACUACCACAAUUACAACACGGCAGCCUCGCUCGUCGCCAGCUUCAACCAGUUCGACCACGCCGACCGCGCCACCCCGCUCUUCAUCGGCGAGUUCUCGUGCCGCGAGACCGCCACCAGCAAGUACCCCUUUAUGCGCGGCAGCGUCGCCGAGGCCGUCUACAUGCUCGGCUUCGAGCGCAACGCCGACGUCGUCCGCCUCGCGGCCUACGCGCCCCUGCUCCAGCUCUUCAACGACACCCAGUGGGACGUCGACCUCAUUGGCUUUACGCAGGAGCCUGGCAAUGUCGUCCGCAGCACCAGCUACUUCGUGCAGCAGCUGUUUGCGCAGAACUCGGGCACGACGACGCGCGAAGUGUCUGCCGACGCGGCGUUUGGCCCUGUGUACUGGAGCGCGACGGCCAGCGCGGACGGCAAGACGACGUAUCUCAAGCUGGCGAACUAUGGCGACGCGGAGCAGAGCGUUAGCGUGAGGGUUGAGGGCGCUACGAAGGCGGCGUUGACGACUCUGUCCGCUGAUGAGUUGAAGAGUAAUUCGCCGGAUGAAGGCGAGGUCGUGGUCCCCGUUAAGGGGAGCGUACAGGCGAGUAAUGGCUCCUUUGCGCUGGAGCUGCCGGCUUGGGCGGUUGCUGUGUUGGUAGUUUCGUAG